GUUCUGUGUUUUGAAGCUUACUUUCGAGAGGCUGUGCCAGCAGCACAUUAUGAGACACACAGAAUCAGAAAAUGCAAGAUCUACUUCUUCCUGGAAGAUGAUACCAUCAAAGUGGAGGAGCCGAAGUGCAAGAAUAGUGGCAUCCCACAAGGAAGACUUAUUCAUCGCCAACGCAUCCCUCUGCCUCCACCAAAGGACGACGAGUUCUAUAGCGUUUUCCAUUUCAACAUCAACCAAGACAUGGUGUUUUACUCUCGUAUAUUCACGGUGACCAGCUGUGACCUCUUCACAAGGAACUUUCUUACAAAACUUGGAGUGCGGCUAAAUGAGCCUGCUGCUGUGCCCGAUGACCUUAACAGCAAGCUCCAAGAACAGCAAGCACAGAGUACGAAUCCACUUCGCCCACACAAAAGAUGCAACAUGAUGAAGCAGUUUCUAGAAAAUGAUGGUAAAAUUCUGCGCUUCAACUGCUUCUGGGACGACACAGAUAGCACAUUCAGAGACCCACGGGAAUUUGUCCUCCACUACUACCUGGCUGAUGAUACUAUAGAGAUCUUUGAAGUUAUCCCACCCAACUCUGGUAGAGAUUCAGUUCCUAAGUUCCUACGUCGCUGUAAACUACCUAAG